UCGCUGAGAAAGGCGAAACCCACGCCAACUAUUUUAUUCAUUAGAAAUACCAUUUCACUGGGAAAUUUGUCAUAAAAUGGAAGGAAAAACGAUCGCAACUUCCGGUUCUGGGGGACAUUAAGGCCAGUCAGGCCUGCGGCCACCUUCAAGUCAAGUUUGUUCGGUAACUGUUCAAAGACAGCAUGAAUCAUCCAGGAGGACAUCUUGCCGUGGCUCUGCUCCUACUCGUUCUGGUCUCAAUGUCCACGGAAAACAAUAUUAUCAGAUGGUGCACAGUGUCUGAUGUUGAAGAGCAGAAGUGUUUGGAUCUGGCUGGUAAUGCCACGGCCAGGAACAUCCGUGGACAACUACUGUGUGUGAGGGGCCAAAGUCCCACAGACUGCAUGAAACAAAUAAAGAAUGGCACUGCAGAUGCCGCCACGAUGUACGCUGAUGAGAUCUACACUGCUGGAUUCUGCUACGGCUUAGAUGUGUCUGUAGGAGAGUCUUACAACGGUGUGGAUGGCAAUAAUUAUUACGUGGUUGCUUUGGCGCGUACAUCAUCCAGUGAUCUGUCCCUGCUGGAGAUGCACGAGCGCAGCUCCUGUCACCCAGGGAUGCGGACCACCGUGGGCUGGACCGUUCCCAUUGGCUUCCUGGUGAACACAUCACAGAUCAGCGUGGAUGAGCAGUGCAACUUCCCCCAUGCGGUAGGGGAUUUCUUUGGCUACAGCUGUGUCCCAGGAGUUAAAGACCCCGAGCACGAUCCCAAAGGAAACAAUCCCAGAAACCUUUGUGAGGCCUGCAUUGGAGACGAGAACGACCGCCAUAUAUGUGCCAACAACCCACGGGAACGACAUUUUGGGGAGGCUGGAGCUCUUAGAUGUGUCGCUGAAAAUCUUGGGGAUGUUGCUUUUGUCAAGCACACUACAGUCUUUGAAAACAUGCAGGGUAAGAACCAGGAGUCUUGGGCUCUGGAUCUGGAGCUGGAAGACCUGAAGCUCUUGUGUCCUGAUGGAACCGAAGCUGACCUGUUUCAAUAUGAGCGCUGCCACCUGGCUGUGGUACCAACCAAUGCGGUGGUAGUGCGCUUGGAGGACAAGUGCCGUGUUUACAAGUAUUUGGAACGUGUGCAGAAUGCUUUUGGCAAUGCUACAGAAGGAUUCUCUCUAUUCAGCUCCAUGAAUUAUGGGCAACCCGACGUGCUGUUUAGCGAUUCCACCAAAAAACUGCUGCGAGUUAUGGGAACCUACACUUCCUGGCUGGGGUCCACUUAUACAACCAUCCUGAAGGCUUUUGAGUGUGAAGGUUUGUGUUGAUCUGAUGAGGAAAGAGGAAGCUAUUGAUUUCCCACCAUCCCUCUCUCUUACACUUACCCUAAACCACUCUUUGUAAAAUGUGUGACCCUGGUGUAUGGGCUGAAUGCCAUAUCUCCUUUGUUAGUAGUUUUCCUAAUAUUGUUCCGUUCCUACAGUCUUCAUAUAUCUGAAUAUAUCUGAUAUGUCUACUGUGAAGUCUUUGCCACCUUUGUUUAAUACAAGAGCCAAAAGAUACAAACUUAUUCACAGAAACGCAUUGCUGGUGUUAGUAAGUCCUUACCCAUUUCAAGACACAACUUGGAUGAGCAUCUGCCAGAGGAUCUGAAGCUUUUUGAUCAUGAAUCCAUAGUGUAACGUUGGAUCUUCAGGUAGUGCAUCUUUUGCUUAAUGUAAAUUUGCAGUAUAAAAAGUUAUUCACAUUUAUUAAGGCAAUACAUAAUCUUUGAGAAGCAAUCGAUCAUCCUCUGGAAAGGUGCUCUGUGUUGGGCAGUAAAACAUUUUUGCAUUUAUGGUUUUAACAACGGGUUCUUUAACGGUGCUGUUUCCUGAACCUUCAGGAUAACGUAAUACCAACUUGAACAAAACUACUCUGUAAAUAGUCAUGUCACUUUUAGAUUUAUAGAACUUUCUCUUAGUUAUAAAAAUAUGUUGACAGUCAAUUGUAUUCAUCAUUUGUGCAUUUUACAUAGCAUUUGUGCAUUGUAGCUCAUUCCCCCUCAUGUUAAUCAAAACGUGUUUAUGUCUCUUUCUCCUGUGGAACACAGGCGAAGAUAUUUUUAAAAAUGUCUCCGUGAAUUUUUGUCCUCUCCAUACAAUGAAAGUCAUGGGGUCCAAUGUUGUUUGGUUACCUGCAUUCUUCGAAAUAUCUUUGUUUUGUGUUCAGCAAAAGUAAGAAAUUCAUACAGGUUUGAAAUUACAUAAGGGUGGGUAAAUGAUGAUAGAAUGUAAAUUUUGGAUGAACUGUCCCUUUAAAUGAGGACUUUGGGCCAAUUGUUCCAGCACCCUUGAAAACAU